GCUCAUUGUGUGUGUCAACACUUGGGCGGACUUCUCUUGACAGUCCCUGUCAUAAGCAAUCAGAUCAAGUGAUUCAUUCACAGACUCUACACAACUUGGCCACCAUGGGAAGUGAGUCACCCACCAAUCCAAACUCUAUUAGUGAAGGGAAUAGAACCGUUUAUCCCAUGUCACCACCGGAGAUUGAUAAAAGAACGGCAGAGCAAAAGGCAAUUGAUGAUUGGCUUCCCAUCACUUCUUCCAGGAACGCCAAAUGGUGGUACUCUACUUUUCACAACGUAACUGCUAUGGUUGGCGCUGGUGUCCUCAGCCUUCCAUCCGCCAUGGCAAAUCUUGGAUGGGGUCCGGGUGUGGUUAUCCUGAUACUGUCAUGGGUAAUAACUUUGUAUACGCUGUGGCAAAUGGUUGAGAUGCAUGAGAUGGUACCGGGAAAACGGUUCGACCGGUACCAUGAGCUAGGACAGCAGGCGUUCGGCGAGAAGCUAGGGCUGUGGAUCGUGGUGCCGCAACAACUGAUAUGUGAAGUUGGGGUGGACAUCGUGUACAUGGUGACUGGAGGAAAAUCGUUGCAGAAGGUUCAUAAACUUUUGUGCAAAAAUUGCAAGGACCUCAAGACCUCUUACUUCAUUAUGAUAUUUGUAUAA